CUUCCUUGUCUUUAUCUUCGGCCAUAAUCGAGUGCUCGGUAUGAUCGUGGCUAGUAGUAUCAAGGUGUGAAAUUGUGACCAUUUUCUUUGUAUUCGAGGCAUCUGAAUCGUUUUUACCUCGAUCUAUGGUGGGAAAAUGCUUUCUAACUUGUUCGAGUGAAGCGAUGCUGCACCUGGACGCUGUAGCGAAACGAACACAUGCCUGCGGUGCAGCACGCUGAGAUUAAACACGUGUUUGUUGGGGUUCAAAAAUGACGCAGAACGACUUCAAGAAACCAUCCGAUGGCCUCGGGGGCCCCAGAAGACCAGCCGCUUUGCGGCUUGACCUGGACAUUAAGCCGAAAAAUCCCGGUCCAGUCAGCCCAACGUCCCCAAGGAUCAGCAGGUCCGUAGACCUAGAAUUUACCGACGUCUCCUACGCCGUCAGAACCGGUAUUCUUAACAGAGGAAGGCGGGAACUAUUGAAAAACGUCAGCGGAAACUUUAAGGCUGGGGAAUUAACAGCAAUUAUGGGACCUUCGGGUGCUGGCAAAUCCACCCUCAUGGACGUCCUGGCAGGUUUCACGACGUCCGCAGUCGCGGGACAAGUAACGGUGAAUGGCCAGCCCAGGAACUUGGCCACCUUCCGGAGAACUUCCGCUUACAUAAUGCAGGAGGACAACAUUCAGCCCUUGCUUACCGCCGAGGAGGCCAUGCAUGUUGCUGCUGAACUCAAGCUCAACCUUUGCAAGCAGGACAAAAACAGGAGGGUGGAAAAAAUUCUGGUGGCAUUAGGACUCGACGAAGCAAGACAUACUCUGUCAGGCCGCCUGAGCGGUGGUCAGAGAAAAAGGCUAGCAAUCGCCCUGGAACUGAUCAGCAAUCCUCCAGUGAUGUUUUUCGACGAGCCCACGAGCGGAUUAGACAGCGUCACGUCGAAGCAAUGCAUUGGGCUCUUGAAAGCAUUGGCAAGGGAAGGUCGAACGGUAAUUUGUACCAUUCAUCAGCCGAGUGCACUUCUCUUCGACAUGAUCGAUCAUCUUUACGUCGUCGCCGAAGGCCAUUGCCUAUAUACCGGAGGAACGAGCAAUAUGGUUUCCUACCUGGCAGAACAAGGCCUUUGUUGUCCCGAGUACCACAAUCCAGCUGAUUUUAUCCUAGAAGUCAGUGCUGGUGAUUAUGGAAACUUCGUACCCUUGCUGACCAGAGGAAUUGAAAACGGAAGAAGCAACAAGUGGAGGUCUCCAGCUAUUGGCGGUCUUUCGAAAAUUGAAGAAAUGAUUGCUUCCGGUCUUACGACGCCAGUUCGUGCGCCCAGACUUCCUCCCACUCCUAUGCUCCAAAUGGACAAACUGGACAAGGACCACCAUCAAAUUAGCGGAGAGUAUGUAACCAGUUUUUGGAAACAAUUGUACGUCCUUCUCAAGAGAAAUGUCAUCAGGCUCUCCAGAGACAAGUUUCUGACGUUCACGCGGAUAUCUAUGCACCUAUUGAUAGCACUUCUCGUUGGCACCCUCUAUUUUCAAAUUGGCCAGGACGCAGCCUAUGUAUUCGACAACUUCAAUCUGCUUUUCUUCAGCAUCAUGUUCCUCAUGUUCAGUGCGUUCAACUCAACAAUUAUCACAUUCCCGUCAGAACUUCCGAUCGUGAUGAGGGAACAUUUCAACAGAUGGUACAAGCUCCGGUCCUUCUAUAUAGCGAACAAGUUGGCUGAUUUUCCAGUUCAAAUUUUUGCUGCAUCAACGUUUACCCUCGUAGUUUUUUUCAUGAGUGGUCAACUGCCCGAAGUCCGAAGAUUGCUACUGUACGUAACGAUGUGCAUCGUCGUCAGUUUUGUCGCACAAACCGUCGGGCUGAUACUCGGCAUAGGGAUGGAUAUUCGCAACGGUGUGAUUUUCGGCCCACUGGUGAUAUUGCCUUUUAUGAUAUUCAGCGGAUUCUUUGUUCACAUUAAUGACGCUCAUCCCUACAUGCAGUGGCUCUUUCACAUCUCAUUCCUCAAGUACGGCUUCGAAGGUGUCAUGGUCGCAAUUUAUGGAUACGAUCGGCCGAAGUUGGAUUGUUCGGCGAUCUACUGCCACUACAGAUACCCCAGACAACUUUUGACGGAGGUCGAUAUGACCGAAGCCGAAUACUGGAGCAGUAUUUCCGUCCUCAUCGGGCUUUACUUUGCCCUUGAACUAGUAGCGUACACAGCUCUUCGAAUUAGGCUAAAGCACCGAUGGUGAUGACAGACUAUUUGCAGGAUAAAAACAUCCGUCGUGAGUUAGGACCAAAUUUUAAAGUCAAGAUUUACUCUUGUCUGAUCUCUAUCGCAUAGCCGGAACGUUAGCAAGUAUCCGAUUGUAGCAUCCUUGGCUGGGAAAUUUUCUAAUUUGCCAAAAUAUGUUUCAUAGGUUUUCCAAAUGUACAGAGUCAAAAUGUAGAGAGGUCAAAGUAUAGAAGACUAAGAUAUAGAAUUGCCGGAAGUAAUAAGAAUAUAGCAAGGCAGAACAUAGAUUCAUCAGUAUCCUAUAUCGUGAAUCUUCCAUUUUCUGAUGUUUCGACAUUCUCCCCCCUACACGGUAAACGAACUGAAAUUUCUUUCACCUUCAAGCUUCAAACUUACUUAUAACGAAAGUCGCCCUUUUCGCAGCAUUUAUGCUUACAAAAUUAACCCUAGAACGGCGACGGUAUUUUUUUAUUUUUUUUACUUGUUCCGGUAACGG